AUGUCCCUUAUAAGUGAUUGGAGACUGUCGCUAAAGCGCCGCAAACGCAGGUGGGACAGUUCUGAUCCCGAGCGUGCACCCCCGCCGCUUCCCUUGAACCCUCGCUCCAUGAGCCCUGCGACCAAAUCAAAUGUGUCGCCCAAUGUACAGGCUAUUGCGGCCAAGUUUGCCGAUAAGCCCAAUGAAAGCGCCCUCAGCUCCUACACAACAAACCCUAUGCCCAAUAAAUCUUCUUCACCAGAGCGGUCUUUGGUAAAAGGCCACUAUCAUAAGCGCAUGCAGUCCCUGCAGCCUGCAGACGCGAAGGGUGAUGCGCGUUCCGAGUUCUUGAAUUAUCUCGAAAGCCGGUCACCAGAGCGGUCUCUUCGCGCUACCAUUGUUGAACCGACUUCUAAGCCUCAGGACAUGAACAAGCUGAGCGGUUCACCGUCAAGAAACCAAUCCGCGGAACCGCAAAUCCCCAGUUAUGUCUCCAACCGUUACCUAUCAAAACCUAUUCUAGGAGAAAGUACUCCUCCAUCUGCCACCAUGCUGGCCCUUCAGAACAUGCAGCUUCCAUCCGAAAACGACUCUCCAUCACCUUCAAAGCCCCCAAAGAUGCUUACCGACCGCCCUGCCACCGACAUUCAAUCGCAUACCAUGGGUACCCUGGCAUCGCAGAUUCACAGUUUAACCGACAUUGCAAGCAACUUGCAACGUGAAAUGGCGAAUCUGAGCCGACGAAGUAAAGACAAUGCAACCGAUCUAGUCAGCCUCAAGGCUGCCACGAAUGCCCGCGACGAGGACAUUCGGAAGAGCUUAAAGGAACUCAACUCUAGUUUGAGUUCCAAGUUUCUGGAUGGUGAUCUUACAAGGUUAGAUCUCAGUGCUUUGCUGAAGUCUGUGGACGGCCCUAACCCUAGUGAACCGGAUAGUUCUCCAACUUCCAAGCGAAGCUACUCCGUGCCUCGCAUGCCCAGUCCUAAUCCUUUUGCCGCUCUCGAUCGAGAUAUAUGUGGUUCGCCCGCACCAAUUUCCGAUGGUUCUGCCAGCAUUGCCUUGCUCGAAAAGGUCCUGCGCGAAAUGGCCACAAAGGAAGGAGAGGAACGACUUCUGGAGCUUGUUGAUGAGAUCAAAUCCCGACCAGCUGCAACACCUUCAGACAAGGAUGCCGACACGAAAAUUACUAAAAUGCUGGAAGAGAUCCUGAAUUACGUCAAAGAAGAUCCGUCAAGCAAGGCUCUCAUCCGAUCCAUGCAUGCAGCUCGAAAUGCUCCCAUGAACGAUGCGGCCCCUGAAGGUUCUCGUUCGAUCUCGACUGGCUCGAUUGAUCCCACCGCCACAGUGCGAGCUCUCGAUGUGCCGAAAGGCGACAUCAUAGAUAAGUCCAUUGCUGGCAAUGCAGACAUAAUGGCCAUUCUUGGCAGUGUUAAGAACAGUGUCAUCGAAAGUGGUGGUAUGACAAAUGGCGUCAAGGCCCUGGUUAGAGAGCUACGCGGAGAGGUCCUUGGUAUGGGGCGUGACUUGGCUCGCAAACUGGAGGACAUUGAAUCUAUGCAGACGAGUGAUGAAAAAGAGCAGCACCAGCUACCUACUCCUCAAGAAAUCUCUGCUGUUGUCAACGAAAGUCUGUUUGAUCUCCGAGAGCAGCUGGCUGCCACGAUCAAUGAAAGUCGCGAGCAUACCAAUGCUAUGUCCGAGCUUCGAUCAUCCUUGAACAAGGCGGAGAUCUACUCUGUUGUCAAGAAAGCUCUUGAUGAGCUUGAGCUUCCCCAGCCUCAAAUUGCUGAGCCUCACGGUCCAGUGAUGGAGAAGGAAGACAUCCUCGAGACCGUCCGCGAGGCUUGGGAAACCUACAAGCCUGAGAUUGAGCUUCAAAACUUUGGACUGGAGCGUGACGAAAUUUUAGAAUGUCUCUCCGAAGGUCUCAAGGAUUACCAGCCAAAGCAUGACCGAGCCUUGACUUAUGAAGAAGUUCUUGCCGCUGUUCAGACAGGUCUGCAGAACUUCGUUCCCCCUCAGCCUGAACAGCUGCCUGUGAUUACCAGAGAUGAAAUAAUCUUGACAAUUCGUGAGUGCCUGGAGAAACCAGAGUCAGCCUCGAGGGGUCUAGAUGAGGAGCACAUUGGCCAUCUUCACUCUAUCCGUGAUGACAUUCUUCAUGCGAUCGCCGAGCGUGCACUUCCAGACACAUCGUCCCGUGGCCUGAGUGAUGAACACGUUGAUCACUUCAAUUCUAUUCGUGAUGACAUUCUCCAUGCCAUUGCACACCAGUCAGUUGCGAACACCUCAUCUAGAGACAUUGAUGAGGAACAUGUGGAACACCUGAACUCCAUUCGCGACGAGAUCCUAAAUGCUGUCACUGGUUCUAUUGCCACACAAAGUAUGCUCAGUAAGGAGUCAUUUGAUUCCGGGCUUGGCCGUGACGACAUUGUGAGCGCCAUUUCCGAUGGUCUCGAGGCGCAUUUCACAACGGCCAAGGAAAUGGAAGAGCCACGGAUUUCUCGGUAUGAUGUUGUGAAUGCUGUGAAUGAUGCUUUCAAUGCUCAGCAAGCGGCGCUGAGCAUCAGUAGCCCGUCAAGCAUCUCUCGAGAAGAAAUCAUGGCUGCCAUUGCAGAUGGCAUUGAGCUAUCUAAGGGCAACGAGUCCGCCCUCAGCACCCAAGUUCAGCCGUCAAUUUCCAGGGACGAAAUUUUGGAAGCCAUUGCCGAAGGCAUUGAGAAGUUCCAGGAGGCUCAAAAGUCUGCACUAAGCACUGAUGUCCAGCAGCCAAGCAUCACUCGGGAAGAGCUGUUCAAUGCUGUCGUUGAUGGUAUCGAAAGCUCGAACACCAUGACUCGUGAGAUUGAAUUGAACAAGGAUGAUCUCAUGGAGGCUAUCGGAGCCGCUCUCCAAGAAGCAAGUUCCUCUGCCAAUUUAAAUGUCGGCGAUCAGGUGAUGGAGCGUCUUCAGGAUGUUGUAGAUGGCAUGAAGGAAGAAUUUAAGCAAUACUCUGCCGCCAACGGCAAAGAUACAGAGCAAGUCCUGGAUGCCAUUAAGGAUGGCCUUGAUGUCGUUAGGCGUGAGAUCGAGUCCUAUGUUGCGACUACUUCAGAUGCUUCUGGCAAACACGAAAUCAUCGAUACCGUCAAGGAAGGUUUCCGACUUCUCCAGGCAGAUAUGGAGAAGACAAUCAAUGAUGCAUCCCUGUCAAACGCCCCACGAGGCAACCCGGAUACUCCAGAGCUUCUGGACGCUAUGGAGAAGGAGUUCGAACAUCUCCGUACAACAAUCGGCACUCUUCUGGUUCGCGACAAUGGCUCGAACGAGAAGGACGAAAUUCUCGAUGCUAUUCGCGAUGUGGCUGAGCAGCAGAAAGCUAGGGCUGGUGAUGAUCAAGUGCUUAAUACACUUCGUGCAGAGUUUGACAAUAUGCGUGAACGCAUGGAAAUGAGCGUUGUUCGCGCUGAGCCAAGCUCUGAGAAGGAGGACAUAAUCGCUGCUCUUCAAGAGCACUUUGACAAUCUCCGCGAAGAAACCCUGUCACGCAGAGAUGGCGCUGAAAGCACUAUCUCAGCGACGAGCGAGCUGCUUGAUGUAUUCCAUGAAAACAUGGAUGCUAUUCGGGAUGAUUUAAAGAAAAUCCUGGACAAGCCUAUUGAUUUCGAUCCAUCCGAAAUCCUCGACACAGUCAAAGAUGGACUGGCUGAUCUCAAAGUGGACAUUGAUUCUUUACGCCAGUCUCAGAACGAAAGUGAUAUCGCCGAGACUACUCGUGGAGGGGAACUCAUGCUGGCCAAUGAGUCUCCUGCCGGAGGCGAUAUCGAAGGCCUGAAGACCUUGAUCACUCAAUUACAAGACAAGGUUGAGUCCAUUGAUUCCACUCCCCGCGCUCCAGAGCCCACCGAAGAUUCUCUCAAGCGAACCCACCUCGAUGAAUUACUUGUGGCCAUCCAGGAAGUUCAAGUCGCCAUGGGUGAGGUGGGUUCUAGUCGAGAUCUGCACGAGAACGCCGCUCGCAAGGAAGAUACCGACGCUAUCCAAGAUAUGCUUCUCAGCACUAAGGCCCAAAUUGAUGAGAUGGUAUUCCCUACUCCUGAUGAGAUCGCUACGUCCCAGCAGAUUGGUGCUCUCGAAGCCAUGGUCAAGGAUGCCAAGGAUGCCAUUGCCGACUUGUCUACUCGCUUGGAAGCUGAUGCUCCUACCAAGGCUGAGAUUGGUGCCCUUGAAGGCCUGAUCAAGGACGUCUGGAUUGCUCUGGAUGAGAUGAAGGGCAAGACCAAAGAGGGCGAGGAAGAAGGCGAGAAUGCCGAUACCGACAAGCUUCUCAAGUCUGAUUUACAAACAGUGGAAGCUAUGAUCUUCGAGGUCAAGACUCAGAUUGAUGAGCUGAAGCUUCCAGAUGUUGAGACUCUCCCUACAAAGGAGGAAAUACAGGAGUUGUCAUCGAUUGUUACCGACUUCCGGGAGAAGAUGGAAGCCAACAACGAGAUGACUGCUCAAGGCUUUGAAGCCCGCAAGGUUGAGCACGGUGGUCUUGCUGAGAAGAUCGACGAAGCCAAGUAUGUCGUUGGUGAACUCGGUGAUGAACUCAAGAGCAAGCUUGAUGGUAGCAACGAAGGUCUUACUGAGCUCAAGCAACUUCUCGAAGGCCUCGCUAUUAGUGCCGAGAAUUUCUCCACUGUGGAGAACAUCAAAGAACUCACCGAUCUCAUCAACCGAGAAUUUGAACGGGCUCGUGGUGAGGAAGAUGCUGCCAAACUUGAUAAAGAAGAACGGGAUGCUGCUGCCAUGGUCAAACACGAUGAGGCCCGAGCGGCCAUUAUUGUGGAGCUUGGAGCGAAGAUCGAUGAGAAGAUUGGCGAAGUGAUGGCGAAAUACGAGGAUGCCCAUGCAUCAUUACACUCCAAAUUUUCUGAAACCGAAGAGCGUGAUAUGGCCCACACCGAGACUGUCAUUAGCACCAAGGCUAUCGCGGAGGAAAUCAAACUCGUUAUUGGGGCUAUGGGCACCAGUGUCAAUGAAACAUGCGAGCGCAUUGGUGUCGAUACGAAGACUCUUUUCGAGAAAGUUGACGAGUCUUAUACCCGAAUGGAAGAGAUGCAGAAUGAAGUCAAAACCCAACAGGAGCAAUCUCGGGGCGAGACCGAGAGGGCUGCUGCUGCUACUGAGCGGGUGGAGACCAAGCUCCUCGAAUUCCCACCCCAACUUCUGGAGACUGUGCAAGAAAUCCUGAACGUCGUGAAUCAACAUUAUGACCAUUCGCAAAAGUCGGCAGAGGAGGUACGGUCGGAAUUGACUUCCCUCCCUAAUGUCAUCCCAACAAUGCUUCCUGCCUUGCCUCCUCCCGAGUCAUCCCGUGAUCUUGAUGACCCAGUUCACAACAAACUCAACGAUCUUCUGGAACAUGCCAAGAACAACCCUGUCCAAGAGAUACUCAGCACCUUACUCGAACAUUCGAAGAAUGAACAGCUUCACGAAAAGCUUGAUCGUGCUUUGGACCAAGGUUCGGGACCCACUGAUCAGAUUUACGAGAAACUUGAUCAGCUCCUUGACCAAACUAUCAACGGGAAUGGCUCUGUCCAUGAGAAAUUGGAUGCUCUGCUCAGUCGUCCGGCGACCAACCCAGACUCCGAACAUUCUGUCACUCAGAUGAUGAAGUUGGACGAAAUGCACAAGGACAUCAUGGAGAAUUCUCGCCGAAUGAAUGAGAUGUUUGCUGCUCAGUCUGCCUUAGUUGCAGAGGACACCGAACGUAAGCGCCGCGAGGCUGAGGACGCUGCCAUUGCAUUGGAGCGCAGAGUGGCGCAGCGAGAGCAGGUCGAAGCCGAGAUCGUCGGGUUGCAUGAGGAGAAAGACUCUUUAUUGAAGAUGAUCCACACUCUGAAGGCCGAGAAGGAUGAUCUUGUGAAGCAGAAUACGAAGCUGAGCAAGGAAGUCUCGGGUCUUGAGACCGCUCUUGAGAUUCGCCACGAAGAGAUGCAACAGAUGGAAGAUCGUGCGGAUGGCCUGGAGAAACGGAUUUUGGAGGGCGUUCUUGACCAUGCCCGCACGGUGCUGUUGAGCCGAUCGAACAGUAUUCAGGCAAUGAACUUGAAGCGAAACCGAAGUGCGCGCAGCUCUCGUACGCGUGCCCGCAGCCCUAGCGUGGUGAGCACCACUAGCACUGCCCGAGAGUCCAAAGAUGCUCGCAGCCUUCUUGGUAACGGAGUUGGCAUGGCCCUCAAGCGCCGGAUGCCGAACAACCUUCAAGGGGGACCGGCUGCUGUCCAGCCCAACAUCGGAAAGGAGCGCCGAAUCCUCAGCUUAAGCCAUGUUACUGGAAACCGGGGUGCAGACCGACAAGUGAGCGCCAACAGUGGCAUCACAAGCCUCAAACGCAGUCAUUCCGUCAAGUCCAAUUUUGCUCUCCGCAAAACUUCACUGCCGAGCCGCACCUCCAUUGCCAACAAGGAAAAUGAGUCCUUCCUGGAAGAGGAAGAGCCCGAGAGUGAGGCAGAGAGCAACGCCGGCACCGAGCGUCGAACAAGCUACGCCGGCACCGAGCGCAAGGCCAGCUAUGCCGAGACCUGUACCGAUAGUGUGGUGACUGGAGUGACUGAGAGCAUUGCAUCAACUGAUCGCCGUACUAGCGGUAUAAGCACUGUUGAUGCAAGCACCAUUGAUGGACAUGACGAGUCUGACAGAGCAUCCGAAUCAGAUGAUGAUGAUGAUGCUCAGACUGCCCGUGAGGACGACGAUGAAGAGGAUCCGGAGGAAGAAGAGGAGGGGGAGGAGGCAGGGGACUCUGAGACCGAGGAUGAAGACAAAAUACAGGAUGCGGUGGAUCAACAGCUCUCGGAGACUGCCUCUGCCAUGGAAGCAGAAGUCUUGAAAUUGUUGGCUCCACCUACAGACAGCGGCCUUGGUACCGAGUUGGUGUCUACCUAA